AUGAGUAAUCUACUACCAAAAUCUCUCUUCUCGGCAUCGACUCUCAAGCGAGAGCCUAUGGAAGAUACCGUAGACUCUUUUUUAACACAACAACCGACUACAAAGAGGCAAAAGCACAACAAUGGCAUCUUUCAUAAUACAAACCAAACUGCUAGCUCAUCAUCGCCUGAGGCUCGUUCUAGAGCAGCAUCCAACAGCCGAGCACUGAACCGCAAGUCCAAGAGCCAUCAAAGCGGUGGUAGUGAUCUUGAAAACCACUCUAACAAUGACGAUGAAGAUAGCAGCAGCAGCAGUAGUAGUAGUAGUAGUAGUAGUAGCGAAGACGAUCAGGAUGAAGACAUUGAGAUGAAAAUGUUGAGGCAAGAUCAUGUCUCUGUGUCCCACAUCAAUCAUACCAUGCAUCAUCUCCUACUCAAGCUCGAAAGACAACAAUCAAAGCAGAACCGUUACCUUGGCAAAUUCAAGCAAAUCAGCAAAUCCAUCAAAAAGACAAGCCGCUUGAUAGGAUACAAUGCCAACUUGCUGGCCGAACAGUGCAACAUAAAUCAGGCCAUCCCAGGAAAGAAAGCUGUGUCUGUCACUCCAUCCCGCUCUCCUGCUCAACAAAGCCCUCAAUUAGCCAAGCGAUCCCUACCAUUUUCAGCCAAAACAAAGCAAGCUGAAGCUGCUGGGAGUAGCAGCAGUGAGAGUAGUAACGAAGCCGACGAUGCUAUUCAAACGGUGAGUUCGGAGCCCCCACAUUCAGUACAAGCUUCAUCACCGCCACCGCCACCACCACCACAACAACAGCAGCUGCUGCCACCUGCCAGAGCACCUGCUACCACCCCCCGUACUUCGGCUUCCAGUUUUCCAAAGCCAAAACGUCAUGUUGCUCGAGAUUUCAAAGAAAUUGCAUUUGGACGUAGUCAAACCAUGGAUAUUUACACUAUUCGUAGAAAGCAGGGCGAUGUUGUGUUUAACAAAAAGCCACGCUCAUUAUUGUACAACAUUGCGGAUGACAGCAUGAGCAAAGGUAUGAAUGAACUGAUGAUCACCACCUCCUUGGAUGGCGAACUCCAAUUCUGGAAUGCAGCUGAGCGAAGAAGAAUCAAGACGAUUGGCAAAGAUCAUAUUUACGACUCAUGGAUCGACGAUAUCUGCUGGGCAACACCAUCUACGCUGGCAUUUUGUCCACCACAGAAAUCAGAUGAGCCUGUCAAGUUGGUGCAUAUUGGCAAUGUGACAAAGACAAAUGUAGAAGGUCGUAUUCAAACCUUGGAUGAAUCGCCUCAUGAGAAUGGCAUAUCUGUCAUUGGUUCAUUAGAGACUGGCGAUUACAAUACGAGAAACAUGGAAAAAUGCAGUUUUGUCACAGGCGGUUAUGAUAAAAGCAUCUACCUUUGGAGCUUGAAGAGGGAAUCCCCAGACGAUAACUUUACACCUACUGGCGUGUCUAGACUCAACAUCAAGCACACAUCUGCGAUCUAUUCGCUCUGCUACGACAAGUACAAGAAUGUGCUCUUUUCUGGUGGCUCUGACGAAAGAUUGGUGCUAUUUGAUAUGCAAACCAACACGACGCUUCGAGAAUUGAGGCUAGCGCAGCGUGUGAGUCAAAUCAUCCAAAGCAAAGCCAACCCCAACAUUAUGCUUAUCACCUCUACACUUCGAUCUGAACAAUUCUACAUUUAUGAUCAGCGAGUGCCUGGUUUUGAUGGUAUCAAGCUGAGAUUUGGUCAGCAUGAGUCAGAAACACUGUCGAGAUUCAUGAAGCCUGAUAUGCAUGAAAAUGGUUAUGUGGUGUGUUGUGGACAUCAGAGCUCGUCCAAGCUCAACUUUUGGGAUCUGCGAUACACUGAUGUGCAUAAAUCAGUGUCUUUUAGCAUGGACACACCCUCCACCACUCGCAUACUGAGAUCCAUGUUCAAGCCUAAUACCGAGACGAUUGUGUCGCUUUCUUCCUCUCGCACCAUGAGUUGGCUAGACUACAAUGUCAAGCGAGAUGAGAUUGUAAAGACCUUGGUUUAG